CGACUUUGAGUUUGUGUGCAGACUGAUAAACAAGUUGAGUAUAAAUAGGGAGGAGACAGCCCAUUGUGCAGAGCAGCAGUCUGCGGAGGACCAAGGGGCAGAGUGAGGCCCCAACAUGUGGAAGGGCUUUGUUCUUGCCCUGGCUCUCUGCCUUCUCCCUUGGGGAGGGGCAGGGAGCCAGGGUCACCGAACGCUGUGUAAAAAACCACCAGAUUGGAAGAUAGGAUCCCAGAGUCCCAUGCUGGAUGCAGAUGGAACAGUCACAGUUGUGGCACUUCUUCAAGCAAGCUGAUACCUGUGCCAGCUGCAGGCUUCCAGCUUGGAUGAACUGCAGCAGAAGUUGGAUAAUGAAAGCUAUACAAACGUGUCCUUUAUGGUCAUCGACCACCAAGAGGAACGCUCACACCACGAACUGAAGUCCAGGGUCUCUGAGCGCAUUCCAGUGUAUCAGCAAGAGGAGGAGCAGCCAGAUGUCUGGAGACUACUGAAGGGGAAAAGAAAUGACAUUCUCAUUUAUAACAGGUGUGGGCGUCUGGUCAAACACUUCGAGCUUCCCUAUGCGUUUUUGCAGUUCAGUUAUGUGGAGGAUGCUAUAAAGUCAGUGUAUUGUGAAAACACCUGUGGAGACUGCAAACACCAGAUUACCAGUGAUGUGUGCAAGAAAGAAGAGGAAGUACCAACACAGGGUAAGGUAGAAGAAGAGCCGGUGGAUGCACUGAAACAUUGUCCACAUCAUCACCACCACCACCACCACCACAGACCUGGCCAUCAUCAGCAAGAGGAGGCCAAGGUGGCAGACCCUAGCGAACCGAACACCAAUGUGCACAGGAAGAAUCACCACCAACAGGGGGAAGAUGGAGUAGAAGAAGUUGAUGUCAGACCAGAACAUCCUAGUGAGCACAGGGUAGCUGGGUCAGACACCCCAGCCGUAAAAAACAAACUCUGAAAAAAGUCUAAAAGCUGAAAGAAGCAAUAUCUCUGAGACUGGGAAGAGGAGUCAGGAAAGGCCACUAACAGCUGAUGCUGACACUGCAGACAGCUGUCCUUUGAGACAGUACGAAAGGGAGUCACUUGACAGUGCAAGGGGGUUCUCCCAGCUUCCUGCAAAUGACAGGAACUGCUGUCGGACAGCCCCUCAGAAGCCUGACAGUGACGUCUGCCUCCCGCUGCAUGACAAACAUCCAAAGUGGCCCAUCCUGAUGACAAGCAUUCCUCAGUCACAGAGCAUCGUGUUGCUUGAGAAUGAUCAAAGGGGACAGAAAACUGACAGUGACGGGAACUGUGCAAAGAGCACCAGUAAGCUGCUCAAAUUACACAAAGUACCCGCAAAAAGCAGAACACGUGGCUUUCCAGCUGUGACUGAACUAGCUGUACCAGUGUCACCUUUCAGGAAUAGCGAAUGUGAAGUUCUAGAAGAGCUGGACAGUCACCUGUUCUCUAGUUGAGAUCUAAGUCAGUAAUCUUGUCUCCUAAGAUCACUAUGGUUAAACGUUGUCCUGCUGGAGAGUUCGGCA